AUAAAACUCUAUUUAUUAUUAUAAAAAUAAGUAAAUCGGGAACGUACUUCGAUUGAAAACAGAAGCUGUCAAUUGUGUCGAUAUCAUUUCGUUUUUGAUCGUAGCAACUCGUAGUGUCUUGUUCGACUUGUGGCAGACAUAUUCUGGAAACAAAUUUGAGGAAAUAACUUAGCAAGAUUUAAUUCAGGUCAGACAUCAUACUUCCCACCUCAUAGAUGAAUUCCACUUCGAGAAUAUUGGAUCUGCCUCCUCCUCCCGGAACAGAAGACAUCGAGUUAGGACCUUUGGACAAACCUGCCAAACCACCAGAGGGAGAGAAAUUGGAGGUAAAAUUGGAAGCUAUUGAAAAAGAUACAGAUACUAAGAAAGACAUGGACGUUUAUAAACCAAAGGAACGUCCUAUAGACCGAAUUAAUCCAUAUUUAAAAAAUCCUGAAUAUGUUGAAUAUGAAAGGAAACAUUUAGAGCGUAGGUAUAGAAAUAGGUCCCGGAGCUACUCAAGAGAAAGACGUCACAAAAGAAGGUACUCAAGGUCAAGAUCUAGAGAUAGAUAUCGUCGAUCUAGGUCCCGUUCUCGACGAAGGAGGAGGAGAUACAGUUCAUCCAGAAGCCGUUCACCUUCUCCAUCAUAUCGUCGUUAUAAAUAUAGUAGAAGAAGAAGGUCUAGGUCAAGAUCUAUAAGUCGAAGUAGAUCAAAAAGUGUGUCAAAAUCACCACCAAAGUCUCAUAGAUCUAGAAGUCGUAAGGAUAAAAAAUCUCCACUGAGAAAAUCAUACAGUGAAGAAGAAGACGAAAAGCCUAUACCAGAUGCAGAUACAAAUGAAGUUGAUAUGAAACUUGACGAAGAAGAAGAAGAGGUGACCAAAGAUAAUGUUUUCAAAAAUGACGGAACUUUUCUAGAGAUGUUUAAAAAAAUGCAAGAACAGCAAAAGAAAGUAGAGGAAACUGCUCCUGUUCCGGAAACUUCCAAGAAAGUACUACCUGUUUUCGGUAAAAGACGUGGUGGUAAAGUUUUAAAAACUGGUUUAGUUCAAAAAGCAAAACCUCAAAAUGAAGAAGAAACUACUUCUCAAGAUGCUUGGUCAGUGUAUAUGAAAGAGGUUAGAAAAUAUAAAGAAGCCUGUUGUGAUGAUGAUUCAAAAACUAGGCCUCUCGUUAAAUGAAUAAUUACUAAUUUUCAUAUUGUCGUUUCUACCUUGCUUUAAAUUAGAAUAUAAUUAAUAAUUUGGGUUAAGAUUAUUUUAAUAAAAGAAUAAUUCGAUUUGUAGGUAUACAUGUUUGUGUAGAUUUCUUUAAAGCACAUGAGGUUAUAUGUUUGUAAAGUGCUAUUAUUCUAUUUUGGAUUAAAGUAUUAAGUUUAAAUAUUUGGGUUUUUAGUAGACCUACUUGAAAUGAAUUAUAACAAAUAAAUUAUAAAUUUAAACAAAUUAAUGUUCUACAUAUAAUGUUUUAUUACAAGUGACGAAAGUAAUAUUUUUUGCAACCAAAGAACUGUAUGGAAAAAGUGAAACACUAAAUUUUUUCUGCAACCCCAUUUACAUUAUAAUAAUAAGGGUUUCAGCAUUUAUGACAAUUUCAAGUAAAAAGAUGUUAUUAAAUCUUAUAAAAUAUUUAUGAUUUCAUUUUGCUUUUUGUUUAAACAAAUGUAAAUUGUACAAUUUGUUUUAUCAAUAAUUUGAUUUUAUUCUUUAAUCGUGGAAUGCUUCCAAGUUUCAACACUAGUAAAUACUAUUCUAUUUUAAUCUUCAUCAUACCAAAAAACAAACACAAUUAGAGGUUUGAAUAUCUCAGAAAAUUUUAAACACCAAUUAAAUGAAAAUAUACUUCUCUCUUGUGGAAAGUCCAAUUUUUUUAGAACUUUUGGCUUGAAGAGGGAGUAUACAUUCAAUAUCUAUUGGAUCUACUAUGCAAAUAAUCCAAAGCUUUAGAUAUGAGAUAAAUGAAUUAUUUUAAAAUUUGUUUAUGGUGUUAUGAAAAUAAAUCUCAUUUGAAUACAAGAUAUGCAUGUCAUCAUGAAUAUUAGAUUUCAAAAGUAUUUAACCGUCUGCCUUGAAUUUAGCUAAAUAUUCAAUUGAAAAUCAAAACUCAUUAGAAAAAUUCCAAAAAAUGUGUUUGUAUAGCAGAGACCUCAAAAAUCCCAGUGCGACGUUUCUAUCCUUGGGAAUAUGAGCUGUCCUGGCAGCUUUUCUGGUAUGAUGCUUACCUUCAAAAAAUUUUACUAUUGAAAAUAAAUUAUAAAAUAAAAAAACAUUAUAUGAGUGCAGAAAAGAAAUUAUAACUUAACUUUCUCACUUUUAAUGGAAAUCACGUUUUUGCUGGAAGUAAUUUAUUAUUAAAUUACUGCAGGAAAAAUUAUUUUGAGUUUAAUAAGUUUACUUACUCUACCCUUACAGAUAUGGGUUGUUUGUUUUUCGGUUUUCUCUUACUUCUUACAGCUUUCACAUCUAAGGAGGCUCUUCUGGGUCCUACUUUUUCCCUGUUUCCUCUAAGUAACGGAACUAGUUCAAAUAUAUUCUUAGUCACUUUCCUACAGGAUAUUCCACACUAUCAAACAAUUGUUCCCCUAAAUAUCAGAGCUGGAUUUUCUUAAUAUGAGUAAUUUAGAUCAGUUUAAAGGCCGCUUAACAUGAUGCAGUACAACGUGUAAUGCAAUGCAAGACGCAAUAUUUCUUGAUCAAAAGCAACCAGAUCAGCUGACCGACGUAAAACUUAGCUCCGUUAUUUUCAUUGUUAAACUGUACAAAAUAUUAGUAAAAAUUUGAGGUUAGGAAUUUGUUUACUUUUACUGCUUAGAGACUUUCAUGCAAUUUCUUGCACGUUAUAAUGCAUUAUGCCUUAAUAUAUUUUCCAAAACCAGAAUUAUAAUGUAUAAAGACACGUUUGGUUGGUAAAUAUUAUGCCGAAACAUAAAAUAAUGAACAAAUGGGUUAUAAUAAUGUAAAAUGAAUAUUUGUUUUAUUUUAUCAACAUUAUUUUCAAGGUAAGUGCAUUUUAUUAGUAACAAAAUAUUUAUGUAUCGGUUGUUCGGUGUUUCAGUAAAAAAAAUGAAUGUACCGUGUCUAGAUGAAAUUAUCUAAAUUAUAAAAUGAAAUUAUAACUUUAACGAGAGCUGCUCUGUUCUGUUUAAAUCAAGGUAAAACACAUCUUCGUCCAAAUGAAUUACUAAAUCUAAUUUGUUUUGGAAUAAAUGUAAUUUAUUUUCAGCCUGCAAUAAUUGUCUAUAGUAAGACUCUAAGUAACUAAAUAAGUUAAGUCUGUUCGUUCAUUGUAGCAUUAAUGACUUGAUUGGAUCAUUUCCAACAAUAUAGGAGCUGCUCGAAGUACAUAGCUCAACUAUCCAACUUUAAAAUUAUAUCAAGGAAUCUUUAGAAAGCGGAAAUGAAGUAAUCAUGCCAGCUCAAAUUGCCGAAGAAGAAAUCUUUAAAACCGCGCCAUUCGACCCUCGUUUUCCAAACACCAAUCAAACUCGUUACUGUUACCAAAGUUAUAUUGAUUACCACAGGUGCCAGAAAGUCCGCGGAGCCGACUAUAAACCAUGCGAAUAUUUUUCCAAAGUUUUCCAUUCUGUAUGUCCUAACAGCUGGAUAGAAAAAUGGGAUGACCAAAGGGAAGAGGGAACUUUCGCUGGAAAUAUUUAGAUGAUUCCUGUAUUGAAGCAUAUAGUUACUAAAUAGUUGUAUUUAUGAAGACAUGAUUGUGUCAUAUAUAAAUUUUUUUUGUUAAUAUAAACAACGUCUUGAUUUGUUCAAAUUUCAUGCUGUCAAUACAUUCAGACCUUUGUUAAAUUAUACACAAAUAAAAUUAGGUGUUAGUAUA